CUUUUUCCUUGCCGUCUUCGGUUUCUCUAGGGCACACGAGGUUCCCCAUUCUCCGGGAGGGAGGCGGCAAACGGUGGUCGAUUCUUUGGCGUUCGAUCAGGCCUGUGUUGUCGUGUUUGGAUGGCGAAUUCUGCCAAAAGAGUAGACUUUCAGAAUCUUGUUUCGCUAGCCGAUGAUCUACUUGGGGUUUUGAAGAAUAAGAAGGACGGCGAUGGGCUGGUGCAAUCGUUGGAAGGGGCGAUGCUGCUUCAGUCGUCAUGUCGGUCUGACGUCGAUGAGACUGGGAGGGUAUUAGAAGACUACGAGAACAAGAUAGAAGCAUGUAAAGAGAAGAUUGCUAAGUCAAAGGAGGAGACAGAUUUAGAUGCUGAACUUGAACAUCUUCAACAUGGAUUGGAUGAGAAAUUGCAAGAGGAACAUCUGUUACGGCAGGAACUAAGAGCUAUUAGUGAAGAACUCAUUGGUUUUGAACAUCAGAGAGUUUCCAUUGAAGAGCGAACGAAGAUGAUUAAGAAAAGAGAAAAGGAUCUAACAAGGACACGAAAUUUGCUUUCCUUGUGCGCUUCAGUGACAAAUAUUAUCCCAGAUUUUGAAGAUACAACCAAGAUUUCUGGUGUGGUGGUAGAUAGAAACAAGAAGAAAGCUGAGAAGUUUGAGUUUGAGAUGACAGAAGCUCCACUUGAUAUUUGCAACAAAUUAUGGAAGAUGGCUUAGCUGUGGCCUAUGUUGUUGUUUGUUCUAGCUGUUGUACGUUCAUUCUUCAAAUAAUUCACCAUGCUGCUAUGAUGAAUGCAAAACCAUGUAAAGAAAAGAUCAAAUCAUGAUGUUUCCUGCAAGUGAAUGAGGAUUCAUUUUGUUCA